AUGAGUUGUAGUAUUAAGCAGACAACCGGCUCUCUCAGGGGCAGGACCAGCGGUGGCAGCUGUGUUAUUGGUGGUGGUGGUGGUGGUGGAGGAGCGCGGAUUUCCUCGGUCUCCUCUGGAAGAUACACGACCUGUGGGAUAGGCGGUAGCCGAGGGUUCUCUGGGAGAAGCUACUGCAGUGGUGUGAAUUACGGAGGAGGACUGAGCAGCGGCAGUCUGGUCGGUGGGAGCUAUGGAGGUGGCCUUGGUAUUGGCAUUGGUGGAGGGGUAGUUGGAGGGGGUUUUGCUGGUGAUGGCAUUCUUCUUUCUGGUGACGAAAAAGUCACCAUGCAGAACCUUAACGACCGCCUGGCUUCUUACCUGGACAAGGUGAGGUGCCUGGAACAAGAAAAUGCUGACCUGGAGUGCAGAAUCAGGGAGUGGUAUGCCAAGCAGGGCCCCUUUUGUGAGCCGCGGGACUACAGCUGCUAUUACAAAGAGAUAGAAGAUCUUCAGAACCAGAUUGUCUGCGCAACCAUAGACAACAACAAGAUCAUUCUGAACAUCGACAACAGCCGGAUGACAGCCGAUGACUUCCGAGUGAAGUACGAGACGGAGCUGGCCCUUCGCCAGAGCGUGGAGGCUGACAUCAACGGGCUGCGCCAGGUCCUGGACCAGCUGACGCUCUGCAGGUCCGACCUGGAGGCACAGCUGGAGUCACUGCGGGAGGAGCUCUGCUGCCUGAAGAAGAACCAUGAGGAGGAAAUGAACUGUCUGAGGAAACAGUCGACUGGAGAUGUGAGUGUGGAGGUCAAUGCCUGUCCUGGCCCUGACCUCAGGAAGAUUCUGGAGGAGAUGAGGUGCCAGUAUGAGACGCUGAUUGAACGCAAUCGCAAAGAAGUGGAGGAUUGGUAUGAGUGCAAGAUCGAGGAGGUGAAUCGGGAGGUUAUCACGAGCGGUCAGGAGGUGGAGACGUGCAACAAUCAGGUCACCGAGCUGAGGCGGCAGCUGCAGGCGCUGGAGAUCGACCUGCAGGCUCAGCUCAGCCAGAGGGACAACCUGGAGUCCUCUCUGGCUGAGACAGAAUGCCGCUACAACAACCACCUCGGUGAGCUGCAGACUCAGAUCACGUGUGUGGAGCAGCAGCUGGCGGACCUGCGGGCGGAGAUGGAGUGCCAGAACCAGGAGUACAAGAUCCUGCUGGACGUCAAGUGCCGCCUGGAGCAGGAGAUCCACACCUACCGCUGCCUGCUGGAGGGCGGGCAGCAGGACCUUAUGUGA